GUGUUUCUUGGUAUACGCACGGAGUUCUUAUUUCUUUCUAGUCGUCGAGCUAAUGGUGUACCAACAAAUUGUUCUACUUUCUGGCAAAAGCUUGUUGUUGGUUCGUUGGCUAGUGGCCUAUUCGAUAUUAAUGUUACUCCACUUGUCAUUUCUAGGUUAUCAUCUAAUAGCUCGAACGUACUUAACUUUGCUACCGGUUUUAAGCCUUCAGUGGAGGUGGAAUUCCUUGGAUCUACUGUGUCUGCAGAUUCAACGUUUACUGAAUUCAAAAGUGGUCGUCUUCGGAACAUCAAAUGCUAUGCUUUGGACGAUGAUUGUUUGUGUGUCAUAAAAUCUUCCUACGCUCAUCGAACAAGAAAGGAGUUGUUGGUUGAGGAACUGAAAGUUGUCAAUCCAACGGUAAGCUAUCAUAGUCGAGAAACGGUUAGCUUAUUUACUAAAACUCCGUUCUCAAGCUGCUGGCUGGAGGAAACGAUUCGCUUCAUUUAUACGAAGCCGGCACUUAAUGAGCUUUCCAAAAAGGCUAUUGCUGAAUUCAGUCGUAUCAGUAGAACUUCACCACUUCUGAUGGACGAAGAACAUAAAAAUGCAUGGAAGAAGCUGAACAUGGUAACGUUCUUCUUGUCGCCAUCGAAAGCGCCAAACGUACUGAAUGGCGAUAAAAUAAACGCCACUCGAUACAUUCUUUUAAGUAACACUAAAGCUCCUCUGCUGGAGAACUCAUUCCCCGAGGACAAGAAAAAGGCUCUUGAGUUAUCACUUCGCCGAAAUGAGAGGUGCUAUAGUGAACACUCAACAUUAUUAUAUCCCUCGAAACUGUGGCAGGACUGGACUCACGUCGAGGACCUUCUUCACAUGGCCGAAAUUUGGCUGCUGACACUUGAUAAAAGAGGGUGUGCGUCGAUCUUGAAAUCAGGAGCAACAGGGCUAGCCCAAGCAUUUACACUCUCGCUAUCUGCUGCCUCAUAUCACGACUCUCAUCUUGAAGUCUCACUCUCGCUUUCUGAUUUACAUCGCGAAUUAGCUUUCGGCGGUCUACCAAUUGGUGUUGCAGUUGGCGAUGCUAGCGCCCGAGUGCGCAUUGCUGAGGAUAAUACUCCAUUUUUUGAGGUGUCAGCAACGGCUACCUUAUAUGCUUGUGGAGGAGGGUGUUUGGGUGAACCCGUCACUCUUGGGAAGUCUCCGACGAAAAUUCCUAUUAAGAUUACAAAGCCAGAAACAAGCAUUUUAUACAUAGCAACUAGCCGCAAACAUCUUGAGCAACUCAGGUCGACCAUUCACGUAUCUGAAGUAGUAUCAGCACCAGCUCAUGAAAGUGAACUUUUGGCUCUCCAUCGACAUGGUGCAGUAAUGGGUGGACUGCCGACGUGGUUUUGGUUUUUCCUUGUGAUUUUGCUGCUCGCAUUUCAUGCUUUCCUUGCCAAACUGUUGUGGUCAGAAUGGCAAAAGGGUGACAUGACACCUUACAAUCCUUAUCUACGAAGUAGGUAUAGUUCAAAUCAUUCCUACUGA